CGUCGUGCCUUGCUUUUUUUCCGGAAGACGGAUGCGGGAUCCGUUACAGGGAGGGAAGUGAAAGGUUUAAUUAACAUAACAAAAUGCUGUGUUUCUGUAUAGGUUAAAAAUUAAAAACAAAGACAUUGAAAAGAAGAAUGAAAGUGAUACCUUUAUUGACAUUUAUUCAUGCUAUAACAUAUGGUUCAUCAACCAGUUAUUUGUGUAUUGUCUGCUAUAUUUAGUAGGCAGCUAGUUAUCAAUGGGGUUAUAGUGUCACUGUGCGGGAAAGCAGUAUGUGAUUUAUGAGUGCUUGUUUUCUUUUAACUGAAACAUUACGGAGGUUGUGCUUUGAAAUGGACGGAGCUUUAACAGACCCUAUGUCUGGCUUUACCAUUGAUAUCCAGCUGACGGAGCUAGGCUUUCCAGAUCUCUUCCAAAAUGGAGACACGCAGAAUAAAACUUCAUCAGCAACUGCUUCAGAUAAUUCCUCCUGCACUCUUAAAACUCAUCCAAACUCUCAGACCUCCUCUCCUUCUUUCCUCUGUAUACAUAACAGUUUAACAAAUAGCAGUCCUUCUCCCAUUACCUGCAAUUACACAAAUGCACUGCCAGCUAAUAACUUUCCUUUAAAGCCUGUGCAGGGCAGUGACAGUUUACCUGAUCCCGGUUCCAACACAGACCAUGAUUCUCAUCCGCAUGAAAGAUUGCAGAUCAUUGAUCCAAAGGAUGUCACUGGUCAUAAAUCUAAACCCAGUCAAUCUAGCAGUAUGGCCCCUAAAUUGGUCUCUAAACCAAAAACUGUCCUUGUGAAAAGAAAAGGUCCACAUAAACCCCAUAACGGUGAUAAAAAGCAAAAUGGAAAGGGGCAUAAGAAGGAUGCUGGUGCAAUUGAAAUGGAGAUGGACUCUGCAGAGACUGAUAACAGUGACGCUUCAGAGGAGGAUGAAGAUGAGGAAGCGGAGAUGGCUGUCUCAGAUAUCCCAAUUGACAGCAUGGGGGAGCAUUUCUGCAAGGUGUGUAACCUCACCCUGCCCUCUGCAUUUCGCCUUCAAGAACACAUGCGCCUCCACAGUGGAGCGCGGCCCUAUCACUGUGCUGAGUGUGGCAAACAGUUCUGCCACCUUGCCAACUAUCGCACUCAUCUCCGAAAGCAUGCGCAAGCUGCAGGCAUCCGCUGCAGGAUCUGCAACACCGGCUUUGACAUGCUGGAAAGCCUGCAGGUCCACAUGGAGUGUGUCCACCUGAGAAAGAGGAUCUACCAGUGUGACAUCUGUAAUCUCAUCUUUGGCUGCCUGGAAGAGUGCCAGCAGCACGCAGACCAGCACCAGAAUGAGUGCACGCGGCAUCAGUGCCCUCAAUGUGGCCGCCAGUUCCGCCGGUGCAAAUCCCUUCUCCGCCAUUUGGAACGACAUGAGCGCAGGCCCUCCUAUGUUUGCACUGAGUGUGGUCAAGUCUUCCCCAAGAAGACUGCUUUGCUUCGCCACAGCUUCUCACACCUGGGAUUGCUGCCGUACACCUGCAUCCGCUGCCAGCGCCACUUUCGCUUGGCAUCACUCUACCACAAGCACGUGUGUGUGCCGGAGCGGAUUCAGUGCAUGGCCUGCCUGGCUUUCUUCGACAGCCAAAGGGACUUUGUGAGACACAAGGAGGAGACAGGCUGUUGGGGACACCUAGGUGCCGGGGGGGAUGGACUCCGCUGCAUGGAGUGCGGGCAGGCCUUUGAGAGCGUGGAAGAGUUGAAGAAGCAUGCGGGAGCCCACCAGAGGGUGCUGACAUGUUCUGAGUGUGGGAAGGGCUUUCGGUCGUCCCUGCUCCUCAUGUCUCAUAUGGGGGGUCAUGCUGGCACUAGACCAUGCCUCUGUCAGCACUGCGGAUUAGGCUUCCCCCACCAGCAGGCCUACGAGAGCCAUCAGAAGCACUGCGGUCGUGUUCUUUCAGGCUCAGGGCCAUCAGGUGCCAAUGUGGAUCAGUCCAAAAAGAGGUCUAUAAGGUCUGAUAAGUCAUCAGCAUUCCAAGAUAAGGUGUUGCAACUUAAACUAAAUGAAAGUCACCCUCCUGUAGCCACUCUCAUUAUGAUCGUCCCUCUCCAAGCAAGAUCCUCUGCUCAGUUGGGUACCACACUGAGCAAGAUGGUUCCUCCUGAGGAUGGUGUUCUUUGCAAGAAGGAAAAGCUUUCCCCAUUAGUGCUCCAUGGUCCCUUGGAAGAGGUCAUGCAGAUGGAGCCAAACGUGGCACCAGAAGUCAUGAUGGCAGAUUGGAGUGUGCUGAAAGCAUCCGGUGGGGACAAGAACCGGGUCGAUUCCCAGAGUGGGGAAGGACUUGAACUGGAGGUGGAUGUUGGAAUUAAUCUGAAAAGAGAGAGAGAGCAGAUGCAGGAUGAGGAAAAGACUGAUACAAGUGGUCCGCAGCAGGCAAGUGUUCUAAUGAGACAUAAAACCAAGGAUAUAGCAAGGGAGGGUACAGCUUAUGAGCCGAUGGAGAUUGUGUUGCCUUCAAAAUUGGUAAAAGGAAUGAGCCAUAUGGUUAAACAGGAACAUGUAUGUGCUAGUAAUGUGCAAUCUGAAAUUGUCUUCUCCCCAUUAAGAGCAAAAGAGGAGGCCAAUUCCAUUAUCAAUGGGGGCCUUGGGUCGGGUGACCUGAUUCAGGCCAGGUGUGAAAUAAUGUCAGAUGAGAGGAUUAAUGUGAAGCAGGUGGAAGACAGUCAUGACAGCAAUGAUGUGGGGGCAAAUGUGGAAGACCGUAACAGUGGAAAUAUGGAGGAUUUUUAUUUUGUGGAGGUGGAGGUUUGGGAUGAGAUGGACAACUCUGGAGAUGAACCACAUGAAUGUGUGAACUGUGGUCAGAUCCUGCUGGAUGGGAACCUCCUGGAGCACUAUAUGCAGCAUGCUAGCGAGUCAGACUUGCCCUUCCCAGAAUCCUCUGCUCCGACCCAGUCUCGGCCUCUGUCGUCCUUAUUUCCUUACCCCCCAAAGAGGAAACCGAGACGUCGUGAGCGUCGCUGAAACUCCCACAUGCAGUGAUGUUAAAGGAUGUUCUUCCCGAUCAUGCCAAGAACUCAAGCUGUACAAGACCAUAGUCAGGAAGACAGCGUUAUUGUAGUUUACAAAUAGCUAAUUUUAUUUUGAAAGUGAUUGGAAGUGAUCAGAGUGGAACUCUCCUAAAGUUAAGAAUAUUCUUUAGAGUAAAAAUGUAUUGUAACCAAAUUGCGACAAUAAAAUAAUGGUUACCUUAUUUAAUCUCAGACAUGUUGUAUCACUUAUCUGCAGUUUGAUUUUGUCCAGAAUAUGAUGUUUGUUCAAUAUGAUAAUAUAAUGUGUUUCCACUGAAGUUUCCUUCAGUGAGCAGUACAGGAAAUACCCCUUUCAUCAGGGUGGUGCUGUUCGUUUUAGUAAAAUGGUUUUUAUGCUCUAAUCUGAAAUGUUCUUCAUGCUAUUUUAAUGUAUUUUUGUCUUUUUGGAUUUUAUUUGUGGAUGAGAUAUAUUAAAAGAUAUCUUUGUGCUGAACCCAAAAGUAGGCAGCAUUUUGUCAAUCCACUGUAAAUGGAUUGUUUUAGCUUUUAGAACAUCAUUGUAUGGAUGUUGCACCCUAUUAAAAUGAAGAAAAAAAAAAGAUUCCAGUGUUAA